ACAUAGCCUCUCCACAACAAGUCCUAUGCGAUGCCUCCACGUGGAAGCAGACGGAUACUGGGUAUCAUUUUGUCCCAGGCUAAGUUCGCAAGGACGCACGGGAAGAUGAGUCUCAAAAGCAUUGAGGAAUACUUUUAAGGCUCAUGAACAGGAUCCUGAAGUGAGGAGGACUCCCUCUCUCAUUGAACUGCAUACAGCAGCAGAAAGCAGGAUUUCAGUUCCCUUUUGAUUCAGAAGAGGAACAACAAUGGAGGACCAAGGUCAUCAAUAUAAGAAGAGUCUAUUCCUGUCUGUGUUUUGCAGGUAUUAUGUUUCAAAAGUGGUAAGCAACAAGCUGCUUUUUACUGAAGCUUCUCACUUGGUAUGAAGUGCAAGUGUUUCCCCUUUUAUGUCUCAGAAGAAAGUUAAGGCUGACUAGGAAUUCUAAGUGAGGAAGAGUCCCUUUCCCAUUCCGCUGCAGCCAUGAGGAGAAUACUCUAUUUUCAAGGAAUUUGACAAGGGAAGAGGACCAGUGCUGACCAAGUGAAGAAAAAGAAGAGUCUAUUGCCAAGCUUUGUACAGCAGCCAAUAUCUGAUUAAGGAGUGGAAGAUGAGACUGAUCUCAAUCAGUUAACAAGAAUGUGGAAAGUAAGGACUUACUACUGUCUAACCUAAACAUUGAUGGCAGACGGUUAUGCUGGCAUUGAUCCUGUUUCAAAAAGCAGAUCAACAUGAUUCCUCAAGACUCCAAAGAGAUCAACUAUGGGACCUGAAAAUAAAGGCAGACUGCCAUCAAUUUCAUGUUUCUUUGAUAGCAGACAAAUAUGCUUCAACAAUAGUGCAGAGAGUAAUUUAAGGUUUGGACUGCAAGUGAUGGACACACUAAAUAACUCAACUCAAAGAAUUCAAUGGAUAAUGCUGAGAACUUAUUAUAUAUCUACAAAGUGAUGGGCACACUAAAUAGCUUAACUGACAGAAUUCAAUGGACCGUGCUGAGAACAUUGUUAUAUGUCUACAAAGUGAUGGGCACACUAAAUAGCUUAACUGACAGAAUUCAAUGGACCGUGCUGAGUACAUUGUUAUAUGUCUACAAAGUGAUGGGCACACUAAAUAGCUUAACUGACAGAAUUCAAUGGACCGUGCUGAGAACAUUGUUAUAUAUCUACAAAGUGAUGGGCACACUAAAUAGCUUAACUGACAGAAUUCAAUGGACCGUGCUGAGUACAUUGUUAUAUGUCUACAAAGUGAUGGGCACACUAAAUAGCUUAACUGACAGAAUUCAAUGGACCGUGCUGAGAACAUUGUUAUAUGUCUACAAAGUGAUGGGCACACUAAAUAGCUUAACUGACAGAAUUCAAUGGACCGUGCUGAGAACAUUGUUAUAUAUCUACAAAGUGAUGGGCACACUAAAUAGCUUAACUGACAGAAUUCAAUGGACCGUGCUGAGAACAUUGUUAUAUGUCUACAAAGUGAUGGGCACACUAAAUAGCUUAACUGACAGAAUUCAAUGGACCGUGCUGAGAACAUUGUUAUAUAUCUACAAAGUGAUGGGCACACUAAAUAGCUUAACUGACAGAAUUCAAUGGACCGUGCUGAGAACAUUGUUAUAUGUCUACAAAGUGAUGGGCACACUAAAUAGCUUAACUGACAGAAUUCAAUGGACCGUGCUGAGAACAUUGUUAUAUGUCUACAAAGUGAUGGGCACACUAAAUAGCUUAACUGACAGAAUUCAAUGGACCGUGCUGAGAACAUUGUUAUAUAUCUACAAAGUGAUGGGCACACUAAAUAGCUUAACUGACAAAAUUCAAUGGACCGUGCUGAGUACAUUGUUAUCUACAAAGUGA